AUGUCAGAGAAUACAGUUGACUCUAGUAACCAGAUAUCAGGAGUUAGUAAAGAAACUCUGAUAAGAUUAAAGAUUGCAAAACUUCAGCAAGAAGUUGAAAUAAUGAAAGCUAGCAGAGAGAUACUUAUUAUCAAUGCUAGCAGCAAUGAAAUGAGUGAAAAUCUUGCAAACUAUCUAUAG